GAAUACUCAUGGAUGAAGUAUUUAAUACUAUUUUCCAUAAAAAGAAAAUGAGACAGGCUUUACAAAGUCCAAGCCAUCAAGCAGCCUUAAUUGACCGACUAAUUGACAAAAUCACAGCCGAACAAGCCACAAUUGACAGCCUGGAUAAGGCUAUUGCCAUUUUGAAAUUAAUCAAAAGUGCUUAUAAUGGCAUGGAUGAAGUAAGCAGCAAUUAUAACAAAGGCUAUCAAAAGCCAGGAGAAACUAAUUGUGAAACUAGACAAAGCAAAGUUUUAACCAUUGACCCCGACUUUUUGGAUGAUUUAGAAAUAUUCUUUUUGGCUGAU